CCCACCCAGUGAUCCCCAUUCACUCCAAAUCCCCUGCCACCACCCCCAAGCCCCUACCGCCGCCAGCCUCUUCCUCCCCAGCCCUGAUUCCGAAAACUCUGUCCCUGUGAGAAUCCGGCUCUUCACGCAAGCCAUUUUCUAACUUUGUCACGAAUAGAAAAAAGGAGAGAACAACGCGAAAAGUGGAGAUAGGAGCAAACCGGAUAAGUGUUCUAUUGCCCCGAUUGUUGGCCCGCGGCGGGGUGCAAAAAGGGCAGGCCGAAAAAAGACCAUAAGAUGUGGAUCUGGUACAUCUUGCUUAGUUCGGGGACGGGCUCAAGCUCGGUUGAGAGCCAGCUCCUUCCGGGGAACAACUUCACCACCGAGUGUAACAUCCCAGGGAACUUCAUGUGUGGGGACGGGAAGUGUGUCCCAGGCGGGUGGCAGUGUGACGGACUGCCCGACUGCUUCGACAAGAGCGACGAGAAAGGCUGCCCCAAGAUAAAGUCCAAGUGUGCUCCGACAUUUUUCGCCUGUGCCAACGGGAUCCACUGUAUCAUCGGGCGCUUCCGCUGUAACGGCUUCAGUGACUGUCCUGACGGGAGCGACGAGGAGAACUGCACAGGUAACCCGCUGGUGUGCUUGGAGGCCCGCUUCAAGUGUCGUAACGGGCGCUGUGUGGACCGUAGCUUCCUGUGUAAUGGACAAGACAACUGUCAGGACAACAGCGAUGAGGAACACUGCCUCACCACCGCAGAGGCUCCAGGUCAGGACUUUGUAACCCUGGACUACCGGCUGCGUUACUACCCCAGCAUCACCUACGCGGUCAUCGGCAGCGCUGUCAUCUUCGUCCUGGUGGUGGCGCUGUUGGCCUUGGUCCUGCACCAUCAGAGGAAGCGCAGCGUGCUGCUGCCCCGUGGGGUCCGGGGGUCCUCCCACCACCACCACCACCACCAGCCCCUGUUGCUAUCCCGCCUGGUCAUCCUAGACCGGGGACAUGUCCACCCGGCUGGCCCUGGCCUCUCCCCCACCUCCCCGUCUGCUGCGGCCCAGUACCCUGCAGGUCCCCCAGGGCUACAGCUGCUGUCUGGGGCCCUCUACCCAGCUGGCAUGCCCAUGGACUCACCACCUUCCUACUCCCAGGCUGUACUGGAUGUCAGCCGGCCUCCGUGGUUCGACCUCCCCCCGCCUCCCUACCUCCCAGACGGGGAGGAGCUGCCGUCAGAAGGUGAGCUGCCCCAGUACGAAGCCCCCACAGUGCCCUCCACUCAGCCCAAUACAUGCCCAUCUGAGCCCCCUACACCCAGAACUGUGGCCCCAGGCUUGUCCCGGCCUAGCCUCAGCUCCAGCUCCAGAGAGGAGUCGGACCAGCUGUAGUCCUCUGGUUACUGCAUCUACGUAGGACUACAGUACCCAGCCUCAGCGCUGUGGAUGGCUGAAGAGAGAAGAGCUGUGCGAUAUGUUAAGGCUCAAAGCACUGUCCUGCCUGCUGUGGGAAUGAGAGACAAGGCACUAUUCUACCUAUAGCUACAACUGACUGACUUACUGAGACACUUGGAAUCAUUACUCUUGUACGUUGGCGCCCUCUGCUGGAAAUGUAUCUACAUAUCCCUGACUGGGCUAACUACUCAUUCAAUCAAUCAGUCAAUCAUCAGUCAAUUGCAUUUAAUCUGUGGCUAUAUAGUGCUUUUUACAAAUUAAUUUCCCACAGUCUGCUUAACAGAAACCAGAGCCUAAACUUCUAAAGACUGAGAAAAACUUCCUCAGCCUCCCAACACUAUUCAUCUCCUGUUGGACUGGUGAAGACCAGUUGGGUGGUUGGGCGGAGAUCCUUUAGCUUGGAUUAAAUUGACUGGAUAGAUGGUCAACCUGUGUAGUACAGUCAUGCAUUAACAAUGAAGUAGGAGUCGCACUAACUAACAGUAUUUGUGGUACUCAUAAUGGGUCAAAUGUCACAUGGUGUUACAGUGGCAGAUGUAUAUGUUGUUUAAGAAUAGUGAAAAAGGCACAGUGUCAUAUCUGUAAUGUUACAGUUUAGCACAUUAGGACAACCAGCUAGCCACAGAAGCUCUUGGGUAGUGGACAUACUGCACUUCCCUCCCAUCCAUAUUGCAUGAUGCUGGUUCUCUUCAAUCUCUAUUCUCAUUGGCCAUCUCUUUCAUUUCAUAGGAAUAACUGGAAUCAUAUUUCUCUGUUAUAGAGCACUUGUGGUGAUUGUUGGGUAUGCACGUAACUUAUGUUUUGGCAGGAACUCAAAUGGAAGUAUUAUUUGAGGAUGAGAACAUGUGGAUGAAAAUUCUCUGACUGAGUAAGGUCCCAAAGUGAGGUUGUUUAUUUUGGUAUUUUGUUUAUUCUGUGCCUUUUCAAAGCACUAAAAUAUAAGUUAACUUUAUGUCCACUCAGGGUCUAGUUUGACAGCUGUUCAUUGAGAUCUUGUUCUACUGCCCAUGAUAACAGUGCAAAUUGCUUUAUUUUGAUAUAUCUCCUCAGACACUUUGGCAGAGAGGAGCAGAAUGUUCAGACUGCACUUCAUGUCUGACUAGUGUUUUUAUGUUGAUGAAUGUUACACUCUGCUGCCUGAGAGCACAGGACAAACAUUUUGUCAGGGAAGAGAUAAAGAGGAAGUGCAGAAAUGAUGUGGACUGGAGCAGAGACCCUUCCACUCGGUGCCUUGGAACACAAGUGUGUACAUUUAAAUAAGCCUACAUUUUAAUUUAAAUCCUCAAGUAAAAACAAAUCUCAAUUGCAUACAAGCAUUUUUGUUGAACAAUGUCUAUUUUCAAAACGAGGCUCACAACACACAGAACUAUGUGGCUGCUUGCAAAACAGUAAAUACACAAAUACAUUCAGCAAGGCUAAAUGAGACAGAAAUUGCAAAUUCAUCAAAAGAAGACGACUUACUGCAAAAACAUCAACACAAACAUACAGUGUAUUGGGGUAUUGUGUGUAGGGGAAAAAAUAAUUUCAUCCAUUUUAGAAUAAGGCUGUAACAUAACAAAAUGUGGAAAAAGUCAAGGGGUCUGAAUACUUUCCCGAAUGCACUGUACAUAUAGCUGACAAAACAGAAAGUUAUUCUGUCUUUUAAAAACACCAGUUGGUCAAUAGAUUUUCUUUGCAGUCACUACUACAUCAUGAUGAUCGAAACAGGAAAUACAACUAUCAAAGGGUGCAGAACUAUGGACAAUUACUCUCCUUUUAUGCAUACUUUACCAAACUAUUUCAUACACAUCAAAUCAAGUAUUAUUCCUGAUCAAAAAGAACAUGGAAAACAAAGCACAUGGUUUGCAGAAUUCAUUCACUGGUAUCAUCACAAUCCAAUUCCAUGUAUUCAAUACAUACGCUGUUCUGCUCAUAGGUUUGUAGAUGUUCCAUUGGCAAGCAGACACACAAUCCCCAAUAGAUAUAAGGACAGGUGAAUACAGUGGAGGAAAACAACUGAAUUUAUAGGCCUCAAUCCUCACCAAACCAAAGGUGUGUAAUAUUGGAGAUGGCUUGUCUCAUGAGUACUUGGAAGGAACUGAACUUCAUUUUCUGCAUCUCUGCAUGUUGUAAACAAUCAUAAAACUUAGGCUGUCCGCAUUGCGUAGAUCUUUCUCUAUACUGUACCGGAUUUACUAUGAAUAAAACCAUUGUCUAUUUUG